AAGAAAAGUAUAAACCUAUUAGUACCACUUGUGUUGUAAAGGUGUGAAUAUUGUAGUGAAACAUGAAGGAAUAUCCGGAUUGCAAGAGAGAAACCAACCCAAGAGUUAACGCAAAUUUUCUCAGUAUUAUCACGUUUUUUUUUACUCGUCAAAUUUUUGAAAAAGGAGUCAGAAGGGGCAUUUAUGAACGAGAUAUUUAUGAUGUGUUAGACUCCUAUAAAUCAGAAAACCUAGGAGAACGAAUGGAGCAAGAAUGGGAGAAGACAAAGAAGAAAAAGUUGCCUGUAAUUGCAUGUUUAUUUAAAAUGUUCGGCCUCCAAUACAUGGCAUACGGAAUCAUUGUCUUCAUAGUAAAAACUGCUUUGAUGGUUGUAAAGCCACUAUCAGUUGGGAAAAUGAUUUCUUAUUUCGAUCCGAACAAAGUAGAAAAAAUGGAAAGGGAAGAGGCUCUGUUUUAUGCAUUUAUAUUUUUAUUCAGCACAUUUUGUUGGACUUUAUUCACACAUAAUCAAAUCUUUUAUAUUCAUCAGUUUGUGCUGAAAAUAAAUAUUGCGUUAAGUGGACUAAUUUAUAGAAAAUCGUUAAGAUUAAGCAGUGCUUCAACUUUAAAAUUUACUAGCGGUCAUGCGAUUACGUUAAUAACAAAGGAUGUUUUAUGCUUCAAUGCUGCACCCCAAUAUGCACAUGAUAUAUGGAUUGGUGUAAUGCAUGUUGGAUUAAUGACUUAUAUAAUUUAUCUUCAAAUUGGCGUUUCCGCCUUUGCUGGAGUUGGGUUUUUGGUUUUCCUUAUUCCAGUGCAGGCUGUCUUGGGAAAAUUAGCUGCUAGAAUACGAGCAAAAACAGCAAUUAUGACUGAUAAAAGAUUAAAAUUAACUCAAGAAGUAUUAAAUGCUAUAAAAGUAGUGAAAGUGUAUACACUAGAAAAUUUAUUUAUGAAAAAACUGGGACAAAUUCGCAGCCAGGAAGUAAAAAAAUUAACACAUCUUUUCUACGUUAGAUUUAAUGCUUUGAUCAUAGGAAGCCUUUGCUCAAAUAUAUCAUUAUGUCUUUGUAUCAUACUUUAUGCUGCAUUGGGUAAGCAUAUAAAUGCCGAACAAGCCUUUGUAGUUUGGACAUCAUUUGAAAUGUUAAGGGCCGUUUUGACCUUUGAUCUUCCUUUGGGAUUUAAUCUUUUGGCCGAUAUGAUGGCAGCAACAAAAAGAAUAACGAAAUUUAUGUACGCCGAAGAAGUCGGUGAUUUUAAAACUUCAAAACAGAAGGAGCCGCUUAUCAACUUGGAAAAGGUAUCGGUCGAUGCAGGUUUUGAAAAGACAAUUUUAAAGGAUAUCACUUUAAGAUUUAAAUCGGGUUUAAAUGUGGUAACAGGCUCAGUCGGAUCUGGAAAAUCUUUUCUAUUAAAAUUGUUACUGAACGAAAUUUCGUCCAAAACGGGUGUUGUUGACGUUGUUGGUGAAGUGUCUUACGCUUCUCAAGAUCCUUGGCUGUUCCCGGAAACAAUAAAACAAAACAUAAUUUUUUAUAAACCUUACGAUGCAGAUCGGUACCGAGAAGUUGUAAGAGUAUGUGCAUUGAGAAAAGAUAUUUCUAUGCUCCCGGAAAGAGAUUCCACGUUCCUGACUGAUAAAGGUUUAAAUCUCAGUAAAGGUCAGCAAGCUCGGGUGAACUUAGCGAGAGCAGUGUACCAUGAUGCAGACAUUUAUUUGUUCGAUGACUCAUUAUCAGCAGUAGAUGCUCACGUGAGUGGUUACAUUUUUGACGAAUGCAUCAGAAAGUUUCUCAAAGAUAAAAUAUGCGUUUUCGUUACUCAAAAUCACAGUUUUUUAAAAUUUGCCCAGCAAGUGAUAGUACUGGAUGACGGAAGAGUCGAGUACGCCGGAUCUUUCGAUGAAAUGCCAAAAAUUAAUUUAACAAUAAGCGACACUGUAGACGGCCAAAUUGACGAAAAUACCAUAAACGAUUCAAACAAAACCAUUGAAUCGAAAAAGCAGGAAAUUAAAGAAAAGGAAGAAGAGUACGAAGACAGUGCUCUGUUAAACGUUUUUAAUAGCAUCGAUAAUAUUCCAAUUCCAUCGACAGAACUUUACUAUGAACUGCAAGCGGAAGGGAAAGUACCGUGGGAGGUGUACAAGAAAUAUUUCUUGUUCGGUGGUGGAAUAUUGAUAUUCAUCGUCAUAUUUGUAACACACUUAUCUGCACAAAUAACUAUGAGUUGGGCAGACACGUUUAUUAGGGGAUGGGUUAAUAUAGAACCAAAAUUAGCAGAAUUAGAAGCAAAUAAUCUCACGAAUACAACAGAAUUUGAUGAAUUAUCCUAUAAGCACACUUACAUGUUAAACGAAUUCGUUAUUCUCAUUUUGGGAGCAAUUGCGACAAAUCUAGCAAAACUAUUUGUUUAUUUCGCAUACGUUGCAAAUAUUAGUCGUAACUUACACAACACAGUCAUAACAAAAGUGCUAGCAGCACCUAUGUCUUUUUUUGACGUGCAUCUCCCCGGAAGUAUAUUAAAUAAACUUUCGAGAGAUCUAACUAUUGUGGACGAACUGAUUCCGUUUCAUCUUGUGCAUUGUAUAGGGGUGACUAUAGGUAUUGUUGGUGUUGCAGUAAUUAUUACAACUAUAAACUGGAGAUUCUUAUUACCUUCGGCAGUUUUAUUCGUUUUUCUAUAUUUCAUGAGGUCGUUAUAUUUAAAAGCAGGAAGAGGUGUUCAGAGAUUAGAAGGAGCAACAAGAAAUUCAGUUGUUGGUCAUGUGAACGCUUCAAUGGAAGGUCUUCUAACAAUACGAUCCAACAAAGCUCAAAAUUGUAUGAAGAAUGUUUUUGAUGAACGACAGGAUAUUUACAAUUCGGCGACGUAUAUGGGUCUUGCGACUUCAAGAGCCUUAGGCUUAUUUGCAGAUUUAACAGGGUUUUUGUUCUUAUCAACGAUUAUCUGUUAUUUUUUCUUUUUUGCAAAGGGUAAGUUUAUCAACAUCAUUAUCACAUCACUACGUCACUUCCCUGUACAAUAUGGUUCUAACGUAGGUAUUAGGCUUGUAAUAAUAAUUAAUAUGUCAGAUAUUACAACAUUCUACAAGUAGAUAACUAUUUGAAUGUUUAAUAAAUUGCCGGAACUGUGACUUAUUAGGAUUAUUUACUAUAUCGAAAAUGCUGUUGGAAUUUUGAAUUAAAAGUUGUUGAAGAUCAACAUUCAGUCGUCGUAGGGUAACAGAUAGGUUGUGGUGGUGGUUGUGGCACUAGAUUAAAAUUCUAAUACGCUAUGGAGGGUUCAGGUUGGAUUAUAGUGAGAGUGGAUUCCCUAAUUAAAUUGCGCAAAGCGAGAUGUUAGAUUAUGGUGGAAAAAGUUCCACACUGUCGCUUUAAGUUACACUAUGGUGCAAGAGCAUUCAUUUAUUUUCAUGUUUGUAGUAAAUUAAGUGUUGCUUUCGUCUUUUAAUAUGUAAACAACACGAUGUGAGUUUUUCGUGAGAUGUUUUUUUGGUCUUUAAAAUGUUUUUUCGGAGAAAUGAGAUUGCCAGAAAUGUGUGGUAUUAAUAAGUGGGUAAGCAUUAGAGUACGUUCGCACUAAUGGUGACAGGAUAGGUUGUCCGCUAUGAUAGGUGCUAUGCUAGGACAUACUACUGUGCACAUCGGAAGCUAUAUAGUCCAGGAUCCCUGGUACAUUUUUGCACUUGAUUAUUAUCAAGCUAAUUUUCCGUGAGUAGCUUCAUUUUGAUGAGACGCCCAACAACUUCUUGUAAGAAACUUUGAUACGCAAUUUGUAGGACAAUGUG